GCGAAACGGGCAGGACCUCUACUUCAGGCGGUUUCUCUUUAUAUCAACUCGCGUCGCGUGUUCGUUCCCCGCGAGGAUGUGAAGGACGUGGCGGCAGCUGAUCAAUGUAAACAGUCACAAGUUAAAACGGUCAUGGGCUCAUCCGCGGUUUUUGCCAUCGCUCUCAUUAUCCUCUUUACCGGUGCAAACUGCUUGAAGCUGGUCCGUCUCAGCGUACCACAGUACAAACUCCGCGGCGAACUGGCUAUUCUCGAGUGCCAGUACGAGCUAGAAGGCGACACUCUUUACGCCCUUAAAUGGUACAAAGAAAAUGAAGAGUUUUACAAGUACGUGCCUAAAUCGAACCCGCCGCAGGUGUCUUAUAAAGUGGAAGGGAUCAAAGUCGAUCACCAACUUUCCGACAGCCGUCAGGUGGCGCUUAGGGGCGUCAACCUCAAAUCAACUGGAAUGUAUAAAUGUGAGGUGUCGGCCGAAGCUCCUUCUUUUUCUUCGGCAUCGAGAGAAGCAAAGAUGGAAGUCCUCUUUUUGCCGACGAAUGGGCCACACAUAUCGGGCGAGAAGAAACAGUACAUGAUAGGUGACCAAAUCAACCUCAAUUGUACAUCGUCGAAGUCCUACCCGGCCUCGGUACUGGACUGGUAUAUCAACGAACAGCUGGUGCCCCAGAGCGGUGUUAAAAAGUACCCAGAUACAAUUCACCCACACGGCCUCAUCACGUCGUCUCUCGGACUGACCAUGACGGUCAUGCCGCAGCAUUUCAUUGAGGGGAGUAUGCGGCUAAAAUGCGUGGCGAGCUUGUCGCCCGUUCUCUGGAAAGGCGACAGGGAGAGCGUCGUGCAGAGUAUGGUCUCUCUUCUGGACAACCGGGAAGCCCUGUUGCUGGUGAAAGGAGACGCUACACUGAGGAGUGCAACUUGGUGGUUGAUUCCAGUAAUGACAGGCCUAACCAUGUUUUUUGGAAAAUCGUGAUGAGCCGAUGGAAGGCGAAGUCUCAUCGGCAAAAAAA